AUGGAGCUGGCCUGGGCGCGGGGGCUGCGCGGAGGCCGCGGCCCGCCGGCGCUCGGGCUCGCGCUCGGGCUGGCUCUGCUGCUGGCGCGGCCGCCGUCGGGCGGCGCGGGGGGCCCCGAGGCGCAGGAGCCGGCGGCGCCCGGCACGGCGGCCCCGGCCGGGGGCGACCGCUGCCGCGGCUACUACGACGUGAUGGGGCAGUGGGACCCGCCCUUCAACUGCAGCUCGGGCGCCUACAACUUCUGCUGCGGCACGUGCGGCUACCGCUUCUGCUGCCACGACGGGCCGCGGCGCCUUGACCAGAGCCGCUGCUCCAACUACGACACGCCGGCCUGGGUUCAGACUGGCCGGCCUCCCGCGCGUGCCCGCGACGCCACGGUGCCCCGGGACCCGGGCCGCGAACGCAGCCACACGGCCGUCUACGCGGUGUGCGGCGUCGCCGCCCUGUUCGUGCUGGCCGGCAUCGGGGCGCGCCUGGGCCUGGAGAGGGCGCACAGCCCGCGCGCGCGGCGCACCGUGACCAGGACACUGACAGAACUUCUGAAGCAGCCUGACCCCCAGGAGCCACUACCUCCACCUCUGGACCCACCUCUGGGUAGCUGUGUCCAGGUGCAGAUGGCCGAUGGCCUCCCCCAGGGCUCCCUCCACAACAGCACAGACAAGAAACGCCCCAUCAACGUGCCCCUGGCUUCGGCGACAGCGGGCCCCCCGCGCGCCCCGCGGCUGCAGGGCGGCGACAGCCUGACGAGGCAGCCGGACUACGCCAAGUACGCCACCCUCAAGGCAGCCGCGCUCAAGGCCGCAGAGGCCUCCCCGCGGGACUUCUACCAGCGUUUUCCCGCGACUGAAGCAGCCCCGCCGACCCUCCCGGCGCGAGCCCGGAGGCCCCCCGAGGACUUGCCUGCACUGCUCGACGCCUGCCCCUGGGCCCCGCCGGGCUACGCGCCCCCUGCCGGCCCCACCCUAUCGGGCCACUACAAGGCCUGGACGGCCGGCCGCCCGGCCCAGCCCGCCCCCCGCGGCCACCUGGCGUCUCAUGCCUCCUCAGCGCCCCGGAGGCCCGGCGACGCACCCCGGCGCCAGUUCAGCGUAGAGAAGCUGCCCGAGGCCUUCAGCCCGCAGCCCCCUGGCCUUUAUGGCCGCGCCAGCCGUGGACCCCGGCACCUGAGCACCAACAGCAAAGCCGAGGUCACCGUGUGAAGACGGGGCCGCUGGUUCUGAAGCAUUGCAUCGCCAGGAGCCCUCUUCUGCCUGGGGGACUCGCCAUGGGCUUGAUCGGGGGCCCAGGUUACCGGAAGGAGGGGUGCUGGCCGUGAAGGCCAGCCCUUCUGCCUGCCCACGGGACUGGGAGCCUCGGAGCCUGCAGGGCCAAGAGGCCCACUUGGGUAAAGCCAGUGGUUCUGUCCUGGGGGCCUUAGGGCCCGGGUUCCUUGUGUAAAUAAACCCUUUUCUGUGACUCCCAUCCCUGAGAAUAAAGGAGCCCCAGCUUGGCUCUGCG